AUGGAGAUGCCAUCAAAUGAGAAUUCACAGCCCUCAAUGAAUUCUACCAGUGAUGCUGAUAAUCAACAUGAGACUAUUGUUCCUGAUGGUUUAAAUAAUGCAUGUAAGGAGUCCAAGCAUGAGGUUGCUGAAGAAGAAGUUAGAGGCAUACUAGCAGUUAUUGCAUCCACCGGAAAAUUUUGGCAUGAUUGGGACAAAUUAAAAAGCAUGCUAUCCUUUCAGCUGAAGCAGGUUCUGUUGGAGUAUCCAGAGGGAAAAAUGGCAGAUGAGCAGCAAAUUGCUUCUUUAGGAGAAACGUACCCAGAACUGGUGAAGAGGUUGGAUGAAGCUCUUAAUAGUUUUACCGAAGGUCCUCCAUUUACGCUUCAAAGGCUUUGCGAGAUCCUUUUGGAUGCACAAACCACCUAUCCAAAUCUCUCAAAGCUUGCUCUUGCACUAGAAAAGAAUCUAUUGGUGACAACUAUGCUGACCGUCUCAAACGAUCCAUAUCCACAACCCAUGGUGCAAAAUUCAGCUGAACCAAACAAAGCAACUGAAGAACCUAAACUUCAUUCUGAUUCAGUGCAGAAUGGGGUGGAACCUAUGGUAGGUGAUAGGGAUGAAGUUAUGGCAGAGGUAGAACAAGCUGAUAUUGAUGAUGAUAUGACCAUUGCCAUAGAAGCUUUUGAAGAUAUAGUUGGAUCAUCAGAAACAAAUUCAGUGCAGACCAAUAAUUCUUAG